CUCCCCAGUAGCCCCGCUCCCGGAAGCUUCUCAUCCGCCGCCGCCGCCGUAGCAGCCGCGCCGUGCCGCGGAACUUGGCCGCCCGUGCCAACUCCGCGCCCGGAUCCCCACCUCCUCCGGGGGAAGGGAUUUGUUCACCAUGGCCCGUCUGUAUGUUGGGAACUUGGAUGCCCGAGUGACUGCUGGGGAACUUGAGGAUGAGUUUCGUGUAUUUGGAGUUUUGCGAAGUGUGUGGGUUGCACGUAAACCACCUGGUUUUGCGUUCAUUGAUUUUGAUGACAAGAGGGAUGCUGAGGAUGCACUUCGUGAUAUAGAUGGAAAGAAUGGAUGGAGGGUUGAGCUGUCUCGCAACGCCAGUGGCCGUGGCGGUGGUCGUGAUGGUGGCGGUCGAGAUGGUGGCGGUGGUCGUGAUCGGCAUGGUGGGUCUGACAUGAAAUGCUAUGAGUGUGGUGAAUCUGGUCACUUUGCUCGUGAAUGUCGUCUGCGUAUUGGUGCUGGAGGUCUGGGCAGUGGAAAGCGUCGCAGCAGGAGCCGCAGCCGCAGCCGAAGCCCUAGGUACCGCAGGAGUCCCAGCUAUGGUAGAAGAAGUUACAGCCCCCGUGAUCGUUCUCCAAGGCGUCGCAGUGUUUCUCCAGCGCCAGCCCGUGGCCGCAGCUACAGCAAGUCACCACCGCACAACCGUGGCCGUGAUGAUUCUCCUGAUGCUAAAGGUGAUGGUGGUGCCAGGUACCGACGCAGCAGGAGUUAGGCCUGAAUCCUUUGCCCCAUGCAUACCCAUCAAGAGAACUUAUCAUUCGCCCUGCCUGCUAGGAAUACUAAGACCUGACGUCAACUUCUUGACUUCGGUUAAGGUUUUCAACUUAUCUAUCUUUCAAGCUCGUUUCUGGUUCUGUCAUUAAAAAACCUUAUGUGGUGGAUGUAGUAUGCAACUAAGACCUAUUACCUUUCUUCUGUGUGUUAAGAAGGCAUCGUCCUGCACUUCUGCUUAAACGACUCAGCGAACUCCGUCUCUUCAGUUGUUGUCUUCGUGCUUUUGUUGUUCGCUCUUCAUUCUUCGCACGCAUUUACUGCUUCACGCAAAGUUGCAAGCAAAUGGGAAUCUUCCAUUAGUGCCUGCCUGCAAUGCCUCACCCCGACUGAAAUUCUUCGGUGAAGAUGCAGCCCCUUCACAAACUAGUAAUCUCUUUAUCUCAAAUUGGUAAGUUUGGGUGUACUGACAAGUGCAACUUGUUACAUUAUUGGAUCAUUAAUUUUCUAUAUAGAGCAAGGUGUCGGCAAGGUAUGAUAAUGCACCCACUUGGGUGAAACUAAAUCUACAUCUUCAUUGCGAGAAAAUGGGCCUUCAGCUGCAUUCUGUAGUUGAGCAUCAAGGAAUUUGAUGAGGCCGGCUUCACCAAGAGUCAUUGCCCGUUUAGUCAGUUCUACGGACUUCACCCUUGGCUCGGCAGUUCUGCUCUUCACAUUCUGCACGCUCCAUAUGCUAUCCUUGACAAACUGAGCAUCUUCCCUGCCUGCUGCCUUCUACCUGCACUGCACUGCAUAGUCUCCGUAGUACCUCUAGCCACCAGAUAAAAUAGGGGUUUCUGCUUACUUUUUGGUCUUGCUUAUAUGUAUGAAACUUAGUGUACUGUCCAUUCAACACAUCUGUAUUUAGCCCCCUUUUUUUACCUUGGACAUACAUACAUGAACCCUGGCUGGAAAUUAGUCAAAUCCCCUAGUGUUUGUCAAA